GUGCGCACUAACCCCUCACUCCGCAGCAGCUACGCGCUCGGUCGCAGCUCAUCAUGUCGAGGCUGAGCGAACAUGGGAUUCGUCUGAGUUCUAUGAGCCCUUCCUUCCUGAACAGCAACUCCACCAGUCACACAUGGCCGUUCAGCGCGGUGGCAGAGUUAAUAGACAAUGCAUCAGAUCCUGGUGUAACUGCUAAACAGAUCUGGAUAGAUGUAGUUGAAGAUGCCGGUCACCUCUGUCUGACGUUCAUUGAUAAUGGCAGCGGGAUGACCCCCAACAAACUGCACAAGAUGCUCAGUUUUGGUUUUACAGAGAAGGGCUCAGGCAAAGCCAGUCUGCAGGCCAUCGGCUUGUACGGAAAUGGUUUCAAGUCUGGCUCCAUGCGCCUGGGCCGCGACGCACUCAUCUUCACCAAGAACGGUGGCUGCCAGUCGGUGGGAAUGCUGUCUCAGACCUACCUGGAAAAUGUCAAGGCCCAGGCCAUUAUCGUGCCCAUCGUCCCCUUCAACCAACAAACCAAGUCGUUGGUGCUGACCGAGGACUCGGAGGCAAGUCUGGCAGCCAUCCUCCAACACUCAAUCGUCAGCACCCAGGAGCAGAUACAGGCACACUUUGCCUCCAUUCUCUCCAAAAAAGGCACCAAGAUAUUAAUCUGGAACAUCCGCAGGGCCAAAGAUGGUAAGCCGGAGAUCGACUUUGAGACGGAUGUGAGUGACUUCCGUUUACCUGAGAUUCAGAUCGAGGAGAUGAAGAAGGGACUGAGGAGCAGUGGAUCCCUGAGAACCACGCAGAACAUCCCCGACAUGCACUUCAGUCUCCAGGCCUAUCUCAGUAUUUUGUAUCUGAGGCCAAGGAUACAGAUCAUACUGAGGGGGAAGAAGAUUAUAUCCACGGUGGUGUCGCAGAGGCUGAUACACACUGAGCACGACGUGUACAAACCCCACUUCAGUAAAGAGAAGGUGAAAGUGACGUUUGGGCUGAAUCUAAAAAGCAAAGAUCACUAUGGAAUCCUGAUGUAUCACAAGAACCGACUCAUUAAAGCCUAUGAGAAAGUGGGCUGCCAGCUGAAGGGUUCAGGUCAAAGAGCAGGAGUCGGCGUCAUCGGCAUCAUCGAGUGUAACUUUCUCAAACCUGCUCACAACAAGCAAGACUUUGAGUACACCAAAGAAUACAGACUCACACUCGGUGCUCUGGGCCUAAAACUCAACGACUACUGGAAGGAGGUGACAGAGAAGAUGUCGAGAGAGGAAGAGUUUCAAGCCCUCGACUCCAGAGAAGAGAAAGAAGAUGAGCAAGACGCAGAUGAGGGUCCCAAGUGGCUCCAGUGUGAAGAGUGUCUGAAGUGGCGCAGCGUCCCUAUGAGGUACUACAGUGACGUUCCUGAGAGGUGGGACUGCAGCCAGAACCCAAACCCACGUUACAGAAGCUGCUCAUCACCGGAGGAAGGGGAGGAGAGCGAGGAGAUGCUCUCACCCAGCUACCAGAAAAACCACAAGAAACAAGACCAUCCCAAAAGCAGAAAAAGAGAAAGAUCAGAGGAGGUGUGUGACUUCCGGGACCAAGUGGUAAAACACCAGAUCCUCUCACGUUGUUCAUCAGAACCAAUUCAGCUCACGUACCAUUCUACACAGACCGAUCGAUACCAAAAAAAGGAAAACACUCAUGAAGACGAUCAGACAAACACAGAUCAUCACACAGACAGACACACGAGUGAUGAGGCACAGACACAAAACAGGGGGACGGCCGAACACCCGCUCGCAAAACAGAAGUCCGUUGUCAGAGUCAGGGGAAAGAAAGACAAGGGGAAAAUCUCACAAGGACGUGAAGAGACGGACAGAAAGAAAGAUGCAGAUGUGGAGACAGUGGAGAGAGAAGAGGAGAACACAGACACAUUAAGGGGUGUGAUUGACAGCUGUGACCCGAUUGGUCGAGUGCGUGUAUCAGUGGGAACUGACUCCAUACGUAGACUCUGGCUUCAAAUGCACAACAUGGCAGACCCCAAAAGGAAAUCAGGACUUUCAUUUAACAGUGUGAGGAGGAAGCCGGGUCUUUGGGAGGAGCAACCGCCUGACUCAGAGAACAUGGCGGAGGAGGUGAACCCUGAAAAGCCAGCAUGUGUGUCCGAGACACUUUCCUCAGAGAAAACCAAUCAGGACAGUUGCUGCCGGAUGGAGAAACCAGGUGACACAGGGCAGGAGACCCCCCUUAACCUCACCUGGACACGCCCACUCCCUUCCACACAGACCAGGCCGCUGCAUCUGAGAGAGAGUGAGCAGGAGGCUACAGUACAAAAACUGUCUGCUUUAGAGAAAGAGGUUCAGGAGCUGCGGAAGCUUCUCGGUCGAGACACAAAGAAGUCUCGAGGCACAAUGGCAGCCCCGGCGAGCAGAGAGGUCGGCUGCCAGAUGGACACGGCUGAGAGCUCUGCUUCAUCCAGCCGCCCGGCCCUCACGCUGCCGGUCCAGGGUCACGGGGCGGUGUGCGGACUGAGGGAGCAGCACGAGCAGAGCAGACUCAGGAAGGAGAAAACUGAAGCUCAGAGCAAGACGAGGGUCGGUGACUGCGAGCCCUGUGAAGACAGCAGAUCGGCUCAGGAGAAUCUGCGUUGUGUCCGUCACAACAUGGUGGUGCUUCUCACGGCUCUGCUGCCUCAGCUGGACCUCGCUGGCAUCAGCCUGGAGUCGACGGACGUGGACGACAUCCUGCAGCAGAUCAUAGAGGUCAACUCACUGAAACUAUGAUCACUGUUCUUCUUAUAUCCUGCAGAUUUGUGCUAAAAGUCUGGUAAAUAAAACUUAGUCCAAUCUGCUAUUUAAUAACAACUAUAUGUCUCACUUGGAAAGUUGUGCCAUUCUCACAUAAAAAUGUCCAUUACUGGUGCUUAUGGACGAACUCUGCAAUAUAAUAUUUGAAUGUAAUUUUAUUAUAUUUACUCACUGUGCCUCAAAUUACAUUUAGCUGUGAAAGGGCACCGCAUCAAUUAAAUAUAAGUAUACAAUCCUUCUAAUACAAAAAUCUGUGGUAAACAUGAAUGUAAAGAGAAGAGCAGUUGUGAUUUAACUUGUUGGAACAAAUUUUGAUAUCCCCACUCAAAAAUAUGAUAUUAUCCAUAAUUACUAUAAAACUUUAAUGGCCAAAGUUGUGAAACACAACCAGACUUAUACUUCUAUUCAGCCUUUUUUCCCACAUUAUAUCUGCUGCUCAUCUACUUUAUCAUCUACUUCUUGAUCUAAACUUGUGUUUUAAUUUGUUUUCUUUAAAAACUGUGAUAUUCUGCUGCUGUGUGUUCGCCCUGCUUUUUUAACUAUUUAACUUUUAUAUUUUAAUAAGUUUUAUACACGUGGUCAAAUUAUUCUGUCAGAGUCAUAGAGUAAUGCUUUUUGUACUAAAACCAUGUGAUGUAUAUUUUCAAACUGUCGCUGCAGUAAAAAAAACGUGGUUUGCGGUACCUAUUAUUUGCCAUAAGGUGGCAGUCAAGGCGAGUAAUAAAACAUGGUUCUCUCACACGUC